AGCAGGGCUCACUUGCUCCUCUCAUCUCAUUCUCUAGAAGAUGGCGGACUGCGUUUCACUGUUAGAUGAGGAGCUCUCUUCAUUUGUCUUCAAUUACUUGACUGAAAACUCCGGGAGCCAGUAUGGGGAAGAGGAGGUUUGCUCUGACCGCCUGGAUGCUGACUUCCCUGACUUUGACCUCUCGCAGCUGGACGCUAGUGAUUUUGACUCAGUGAACUGCCUCAGUGAGCUGCACUGGUGCAACGAGCACUCCGAUCGCUCUCAUGCCUCCAUACAAUACAGCACCAGAGACACAGAGCUAUUCGAGGAAGAGAAUGCGGCACUGCUCGCUGCGCUCACAGACAGCCUGGAUGGCAUUGUUGAGGACGGGGUCGGAGGGCUGUCUGUGUUCCCUUCGCUGGGGGAAGAUCCUGAGGAGGGCGAAGAGGAGGAGGAUGAUGACCUCUCUUUGGACAGUGAGCCCCUCCUUGGCUCUCUGACCCCAGAGACAGAAGACCCGUCUCUAGUAAGAACCCUUCUAUCCUGUUUAAGGUGGAAUUGGAUGGGCCUCUGACUACCCCACAGCAUGGGUAUGAUAGGCA